AUGUUUCUUUAUCAGCUGAUAGAAUGGAGCAAACGUAAUAAAGCGAAAGUGAUCAUUUUCAUUACGAUUAUCUUAUUUCUAAUUUAUCGUUAUGAAGAGCAUAUAUUUAUCGUCACGAAUCAAAUCAAUCAACAUAUUUUUGCUGACAAUCGCAAUGACAGUAAACCAAGUGAAAUUUUAUUGAUCUAUGUCUAUGCAAAUACGCAUUCCUAUGCUUUUGGAAAUUUGAAGUAUUUCAUUGAAGAGGCUGUUCGAGAAAACGAUGGUAUCGAUUAUUAUUUUAUUUUACAACAAAUCGAGAAGAAGCCAAUCAAUGAAAGUACAAUGCCGCCGAUACCCAAAUCCAAUGCGUUCUAUCUUCAACAUGAAAAUAAAUGUUUCGAUUAUGGAACCAUCGGAUGGUUCUUUGACACCUAUACAAUUGGACAUCCUUGGAAACAAACAUCACCGGCAAUCGCAAAUCCGGUUAAUCUAAGAAAAUACAAGUACUUUAUUUUUAUGAAUUCAUCUAUUCGUGGUCCUUUCUUUCCACCGUAUUUUAUUCACUUAGUUUUAAAAGCAAAUCUCAACUACUACUGGUACUCAGUCUUUACNAAUCUGAUUUUUUUUUAUUUUGCACGUACUCACAAUUUCACUUAG